CUGCCCACAACCACCACCACCACCACUACUUCUGAGAUCACAUUUCAGUCUUCCGCGUUUGUUACCGUCUUUUUCCCCCGAUUUCGGAGGAUCCAUUCUUCGUUGAGUUUUGGCUUGAAGAAGAAGAUGGGAAGUUUAGCAGCCGUGUUGACGCACCCGGAUGAUAUCUAUCCGCUUGUGAAGCUGAAGAUAGCAGCCAGGAAUGCGGAGAAGCAGAUUCCAUCGGAGCCUCAUUGGGGUUUUUGCUACACCAUGCUACACAAGGUCUCCCGCAGUUUCGCUCUCGUUAUUCAGCAGCUAGGUCCUGAGCUUCGCAAUGCUGUUUGCAUCUUCUAUUUGGUUCUUAGAGCCCUCGAUACUGUUGAGGACGAUACAAGCAUUCCUUCUGAUACCAAAGUACCUAUUCUGAAAGCUUUCCACCAGCAUAUAUAUGAUCGUGACUGGCAUUUCUCAUGUGGUACAAAGCACUACAAAGUUCUAAUGGACCAAUUUCAUCUUGUGUCAACUGCUUUUUCGGAACUUGGAAGAAGUUAUCAAGAGGCAAUUGAAGAUAUCACCAAAAGAAUGGGUGCAGGCAUGGCAAAAUUUAUAUUGAAGGAGGUCGAAACAGUUGACGACUAUGAUGAAUAUUGUCACUAUGUAGCAGGACUUGUUGGAUUAGGAUUAUCCAAGCUUUUCUAUGCAUCCAGGUUGGAAGAUUUGGCUCCUGAUUCCCUCUCUAAUUCCAUGGGUUUAUUUCUUCAGAAAACAAAUAUUAUUCGAGACUAUCUGGAAGAUAUAAAUGAGAUUCCAAAGUCACGCAUGUUCUGGCCUCGUCAGAUUUGGAGUAAAUAUGCGAACAAACUUGAGGACUUGAAAUAUAAGGAGAACUCAAAGAAAGCAGUUCAGUGCUUGAAUGACAUGGUCACAAAUGCAUUAAUACAUGUGGAAGAUUGCCUGAAGUAUAUGUCCUCUUUGCGAGAUCCUGCUAUAUUCCGAUUCUGUGCUAUCCCUCAGAUCAUGGCAAUUGGAACACUUGCUUUAUGCUACAACAACGUCGAAGUGUUCAGAGGAGUGGUGAAAAUUAGACGCGGUCUUACUGCUAAAGUUAUUGACCGAACAAAAACAAUUUCUGAUGUCUAUGGUGCUUUCUUUGAUUUUUCUUGCAUGCUGAAGUCCAAGGUGGACAAGAAUGAUCCUAACGCCACCAAAACUUGGAAUCGGAUGGAAGCAAUACAGAAGGCAUGCAAAGAAUCUGGAUUGCUGAACAAAAGGAGAUCUUACAUGGUGGAAAGCCAUCCAAGAUACAACUCUGCUUUGAUCAUGGCAAUCUUCAUUCUACUGGCAAUAUUUCUCGCCUUUUCUGCCAAGCGACCAACUCAUAUGGAUUAGAACUCUUUUUUGUAGGAAUGGCUUGCUCUGGUGUUCCUGUCAACAUUGUUGAGCAGGCUGUACAACUGGAUCUAUAUUGAUCAGUGAUCACUCGUGUGAUAUUGCUUUGUGCUCCACAUUUAUUAUGGGGGAAAAACCAAGAAGAGAAGAGGGUUUUUUU